CCACCUGCGAGCCCGCGCGCAUGCGACUCCAGGUGAGAGUUGCAGCGUCUCAGUCUGGCAACUUAGCGCGGCGCGCGAGCUCGCACACAAUACCUCCCUCCAGCCCAAACUUUAACGAGAGUUUUGAUGGCCAAGGGCUGCUGAGAAAAGUGAAGAGAGAUAAAGAUUGAGGGUCGCCCGCAGGAAACGUCAUCGGAACGCACCGGAAGCAGCUGGAGAUGAAGAGUGUGAUCUACCAUGCCUUUUCUCAGAAAGAGGCCAAAGAGCUCGACGUUCAGCUUCCAGGAGCCCAGCAGGCCGAGGCCUUCGUGAGGGCCUUCCUGAAGCGCAGCACGCCCCACAUGAGCCAGCAAGCCCGCGAGGACCAGCUGCAACGCAAGGCUGUGGUCCUGGAGUACGCCACUCGCCGGAAGCGCAAGGAGAAGAGGAAGAAAUCCAAGGGCCUCUCUGCCAGGCAGAGGAGGGAGCUGCACCUCUUUGACAUUAAGCCAGAGCAGCAGAGAUACAGUCUUUUUCUCCCUCUACAUGAACUCUGGAAGCAGUAUAUCCGGGACCUGUGUGGUGGUCUCAAGCCAGACACGCAGCCGCACAUGAUUCAGACCAAGCUGUUGAAGGCAGAUCUUCACGGGGCUCUCGUUUCAGUCACAAAGUCCAAAUGCCCGUCCUAUGUGGGUGUUACAGGAAUUCUCCUACAAGAAACAAAGCACGUUUUCAAAAUCCUCACCAAAGAAGACCGCCUGAAAGUUAUCCCCAAGCUAAACUGUGUGUUCGCAGUGGAAAUCGAUGGCUUCAUCUCCUACAUUUAUGGAAGCAAAUUCCAGCUUCGGUCAAGUGAGCGAUCUGCCAAGAAAUUCAAAGCAAAGGGAACAGCUGACCUGUAGCUCUUUGCUGCGGAGACGGCUGUUUGGGACCCCAAAGACCGGGGACACCUGUGUGCCCGCCUUUCAGCAGAGACACGGCUGGGCUGGUUCAGGUUCUAGAUCACCCCCAGCCUGUUAACACCGGAGUUAAGAAUAGUUCAUCAUCCGGGAAGAAAUGCACCUAACUGAGCAAAGUCAGGAAACGGAGGAGUGUCUGUUUCUAGGUGAUGACGGGUGUGCAUUGCUCCCACUGAGGAAGUCGCUGCCUUCCCCGUGAAGUGGCUCGUUCUUCCGCCCAUCCGAAAGUGCCACGCCAGGCACAGCCUGAUGCUACGGUUCCCUCUUCCACCUGCUCCUGCCCACCCCCCUGUAGGGAAAUGGUGGCCAACGUGUAAAUACACAACUGCUUCCAGAAUCAUUGGUGCCACUUGACUUAUGAAAUGUUUUUCAUGGCUUAGACUCCAGUUUCUCUGUAAAUGGCUGUUUAUUAGUAGCCUUCUCUCCCUGCUUACCCGAGGACACUUGACAAGAACACUCACCUGCCAUGAAGCUGCCACUGUGCCUGCCUGUUUCCAGGAUGCCCUGUUGUCCCCACAGCCCACCUGGGGUCACUGGGUCCUGUGCCCUAAGGACUGUGCCCCUGAGGGCCCAGGCCAGGCAGGACACUGGCUCUUGGUGAGUGUCCUAAUGAGGCCACACCUGCUGCUCCCCAGAACCAGGCUGAGGCCUCUGGCGGUGGACCAGGGCUGGCCACGUCCCCACAGCUGUGGCACAGGGCCGGUUGUGGAGGGUGCUUGGUAGCCUGCAGUCGGGGCUCCUACCUCCACUGCUCCAGUAGAGCUGUGGCCUUGGAGGUGUAGGCCUGUGGGAGACAGCUACGUCAGCCUCACUUGUUGGUCUCACGCACUGGAGGAACCAGAGAGGCCCACGGAGCAGCAGAGUGGUGACCACCUGGGGACGGGACUCAGGAGCCGCAAGGCCAGGACACAUCAGCCCAGGCACCCACUGUUCUCCAAAAAGUGAGUGGGCCCGUGGGCCCUUUACGUUCCCUGGAGCUGACUGUGUGUGGGGAACUGAGACUUCCUGCAGGGCUCACAGAGGACACGCCCCUCCAGGGGAGGAAAAGGACGAAGCACCUGGAGGGGGAAGCGAGGGCGGCACGGGUCAUGGCCCCUGCGUUAGCUGGGGCUGCCCUAACCAAACUGCAGACGGGCAGUGUAAACAGAGCAUCCUUCCCCACCGCUGCAGAGGCUGCAAGUCCGAGUUUAAGGUGCCCUCCUGGCUGGGGUCUGGUGAGAGCCUUCUCCUUGGCCCCUUCUUGCUGUGUCCUCGUGUGGCCUUCCUCACUGCACACCUGCAGGGAAGGAGAGCCACCUGGGGUCUCUUCCUCCUCUGAUUGGGACACCCGUCCUGUAGGUUAGGGUUCCACUGUAUGACUUCAUUUCACCGUAAUUGCCCCCUUAAAGGCUCUGUUUCUCAGUGCAGUCACACUGGGGAUGAGGGCUUUGACAGGAAUUUGUGGGCACAUGAUUCAGUCCAGAACCUCCGUGGAGCUGCCCCCCAGAACAGGAGCCCCUAGCAGAGCCCCUCAGAAAGGCUGCAGUACCCAGCCUGGCUCCCAUCCUCAGACACUGGCCUGGCCGGCCUGCAGCCCUGCCUAGGUUGCUGGCGCCACUAGCCGGUUCAGCUGGUCCAGCUGCUGGGCCCUGAGCUCCCCUCAACACUGGGUCCCAUGACUGGCUCAGACAGGAGCUUAGGUCCAGCGGCCUCUCCACUGCCGGCUUCCCUCUCGCUUCUGCAAACCACUGAGCUCCUCCGUCACCCUCCCUUCAAGCACAGGGACAGUGGUGGGGGAGGAAAUGCACACACGGGACAGGGUGGACAGGGAGGCUCCCUGGAGGAGGGGGCUCGAUCCAGGCUGCCGUGGGAUGUGAAGAGGGACACUGAGGCUCAGGACCGGGCUGGCACAGCAGUCAUGGAGGCCUGAGGACAACACCUGCACAUGAGACUCAGGGCCAGCAGGAAGGAAGGUGGGAGCGGGUGGCAGAGCUCUGGCUACCGAUCCCAAACCCAUAGUAGGUGCUUCAGGUCCUGCCUGGUUCCGUGGGAGGGGAGAGGUGCUGGAGAAGUUGUAAGCCCCUGGGACGGGGCAAGGUGCGGAAUCCUGCCGACCCCUUCGCCCAGUCCAGACAUGCUUGGGGGGAUCCUGGGACUUCCAGCACAUGCAUCAGUGUCACCAGGACACCCGUUCGAAGCAGCCAGCUCCGGGGCUGCUGUCAGACUCCAGGGGCCUAGACGACUUCAUGGGUCUCUCAGACCCCAGCUGGCUCCUCCGGUCACUGAAGUGUGAGGAUCGUGGAUCCCAGAUGGUGGCGCAAGUGUCUUCCAGCUCUGACACCUGGACUGUGAUUUGAGAUUUGGGACUCUCGGGAUGGGGUUUUCUGGAUGCUGGAAAAGAUUGUCAGUGACAGAUCUCUCAGGUUCUGAAGAGUAAACAUGAACAUUCCCCCAAAAAGCCAUAAAUUAUGGUAAAAAGC